AUGGAUCUGCCCCGAUUGACUCGCGCCCGACCGCCGUUGGCGUCUUUGCUCUUCCACCACAACACGACGCGUCUUUCUCGACGCCGUUCCUCCACCAUGGCUUCCACGCGAGAGGAGCGGCGACAAAUGCGACAGCGCGGAGCUGGCACGCGCGAAAUUAAGGCUGUUGACUUUGGUUUUUCAUUUGGAGGACCAGCACUAGGCGCAGACCCUGCGCCAUUGUCUAUUGUACCUGAACCAGCUGCGCCGAUGACCUCAACACCGCCGAAGUUGCAGGUUUCACAACAAUCCGAGUCGCAAAGCCAAGGGAAGAAUCGGCGCACUCCAGGAAGCGCACGCAAUUUCCUCCCACAGCGUCCCUCUACAUACGACAUACCUUCGGACGACGUACCUGCAGAGCCGCGAAGCAACAAAAGGAGAAAAAUCAAUCCCCCUAACACCAUAUCCGACACUCCUUCUCGUUCAAGUGCCCCACAAACUCAUUCUGGCGACUCUGUGUCCAAUGGAAAUGGCGAAAGGCCCGGUACCGAGGCACCCUCAAGUCAAGCUCCUGUCGUUCCUGUCGUUCCUGUCGCAGAAGCGCCUCGACAAGUGACGCUUGGUAACGCACCUAAGUCUCAAUUAUCACCCGCCCCAGAGACCUCUACCGACAACCGACAGACAAUUACGACGCCAGAAGCUAUAGGCGGAGUUACUAUAUCGAAAGAGCAACAACCCAGCAGACCAGGCACAUCCUCUGGUCGCAUUCGGUCGCCCAAAGCUCCGCUACAUCAAACUCAACCUGUCGCCGAAGAACCCCAAGCUAGGCCAUCGAGCAGAGGCCAGCGAACAAGUCGAUCCCCACUCCAAACCAGCAACCCGGCGCAGGAGAAUCAAGAAGAUCAAGCGCAGGGACUCGCGCACAACUCUGCAUCUGCAGCUCAGGCGACAGAUGUAAGUGUAGGGGAUAAUGAGCCUAUAAAGACCGCAAAUGAGGCUUCUUCGAACCCCAAGCGUCCUCGCGGGAGACCAUCCCUUUCAAAGAAGGCGACAGAAGUUGGAAACAUACCAUCAAGUGAGCCUACAGAGACCGCGACGGAAGCACCUUCAAAACCCAAGCGUCCUCGCGGAAGGCCAUCCCUUGCGAUGAAAAACGCUGAGACAAUAGAAGUCGAAGAUCGGCCCAAUAGUCCAGUUGAACCCGCACAGACCACAGGCGAAUCAUCAGGGAUAGGUGCACGCUGGGGCCGUAAGAAGAAGGCAGAGAAAAAACCCGAAGCAGAGGCACAAGCAGAGGUAGAAGAACCUGAAGCGCAAGAACUGGAGACAGAAGCUUCACCGAAGGCUCGUCGUGGCCGACCUGCAAAGAAGCCUAAGCGUGCAACAGAAGCCGAAGCCGAGGUUGAACCUGAGGUAGAUGUGGAAAACGUUGAAGAGCAAGAGGAGGAGCAAGAGGAGGAGCAAGAGCAAGAGCAAGUGAAAGCUGCACCUCGAAAGCGUGGCCGACCUGGGAAGAAAGCCAAGCGUGCAAGGGCGGCCGAGGCCGAGGUCGAGGCGGAAGAAGUCGAGGAGCAAGAGCAGGAAGAGGAAGCUGCACCAUCAAAGCCUCAUCGUGGCCGACCCGGGAAGAAAGCCAAGCGUACGACAGAGGCCGAGCCUUCACCGACAGAAGAGCCAGAAGCAGACGCCUCGCGAGAGACACGCCAGAAAAAGAAAGAGCGAGAACCUCGUGGAGAAAUGGUGCCUGUUACAGUUCACCGCCUUACCAAUGCUUCUGCGCUGGGCUCGAUGUACACUGAUGGAUCUGGCGAUGAGCACGAGGAGUCGGCGGACGAGCUUUCGUCCCUUCGAAAGACGAAGCUGCCUAACCGCGGUGGUGUCAACCCUGCCGACGUUCUGAGCCAGAUUUGCCGUGAGACGCUGGAGAAGACACUCGCGACACUUAAGAACGGCAUCGCAAAUGAGACCAAUCCCACUAGGCGUGCAGAAUGGACUCGCAAACGAAAAGCUGUCGAAACCUUCGGAUCAGAACUGGAUGGCCGACUUCUUGAUCUGAGCGAGAUGCUCGAUAGUAACUUCGUGUUGGGCGUGCAGCUCAAAAACUCAAAGCGAGAUAUGAUGGACCUGCGAAGCCAUUUGUACAGGGUACGACGGGAACGUGAGAGUAUAGCACUGCGGAUGGAUGCGGUGCGCGCGAAGCACAUGGAAGAAGAGAAUGGAAAGACAGGUCGCGCCACCAUCAACAAUUCCCUUCACAGCCUCGAGCUUGCGCUUGACCGCAGUCAAAACCAACCUUCUACGGAACCCUCUUCUGCCGACCUGGAGUUUCUGCUACGCACUGCCAGCGACGUGAGUAGCCGGGCCGGAGCACAAGGGGGUCUGUUGAAUCAAAUCCGUGCCUUCAAUGCACAGCUUGAAAGUACGGCCCAUCGCCUGGCAAGCAAGUAA